UGUAGUUUGGCCGGUUUACCUUACUUAGGAUGCUGGAGCCUAGACCUGAAGCUAAUUGAAGAAUCUGCUUGGGUGAGGACAAUGCUGGAUUCCUGAACAGAGAUCACAGUACUCUCCCUGACAACAUAAAAACUUGGAGUCGUCAAACGUCUCGGCCAUCGGGUAAGAUGACGAAGGGAACAUCUUCAUUCGGAAAGCGCCGCAAUAAGACGCACACUCUGUGCCAUCGAUGUGGCCCUAAAGCCUUCCAUUUACAGAAGUCCACCUGUGGCAAGUGUGGAUACCCAGCUAAGUGCAAGAGAAAGUACAACUGGAGUGCCAAGGCCAAGAGACGCAACACCACCGGAACCGGCCGCAUGAAACAUCUGAAAGUUGUGUACCGCAGGUUCAAGAAUGGAUUCCGUGAAGGUACAACUCCUAAACCCAAGAGAGCCGCAGUUGCAGCUUCCAGCUCCUCUUAAAGCGGAGUUCCACCCAAAAG